AUGAUGGACGGAAGAGACUCAGUCGGCCGAAAGGUACAUCUCGCUCCUCCAGCCGCCGGGAUGCCUCGACAGAUUCCGCUGACGUAAUCCCCGCCAGAUAUCACUGCUCAACGACAGUGCGCCGACCAAAGUCCAGCUUCCACCGCUCCUGCACUCACGAACUUCCUCCUGCCAAUCAACGCCAAGCCUCGAACCCGAAACUCCGCUGCUCAUCCGAUCGUCAUCGAGCGAUUCGCGCUCCUUCUCGACACCCUCCCCUCUGACCCCCACCUUCACCAGCUUUCAGCAGGCCUCACGCCCUUUGCUGCAGAAGCACCAAUCACAGCAGCAACAUUCCCCGUACGCCAAGAUGGACGAUCCGAACGCGUCCAUGUACCCGCCACUGCCAGAUCCGAACUCGGGCAUGCCCUCGGCGUACCCGAUGCCUCAUAUGCCCCCACAACAGCCUAUGAUGCAACCUCAGAAUCUCGCGCCCCAGGCCCUUCGCGGAUCAAACUCGCCUGCUUCUGAACCAUCCCACAUGUCCAAUGCGUCCGCGCAAUCUGGAAACAAGUCGCAACCGAAGAAGAACCAGUACCCAUGUCCCAUGGCCAAGCAGGUCGGAUGCACCGACUUCUUCACGACCUCUGGACACGCAGCCCGUCAUGCGAAGAAGCACACCGGCAAGAAGGACGCGUUCUGCCCGGAGUGCAACAAGGCAUUCACCCGCAAGGACAACAUGGAGCAGCAUCGCAGAACUCACCAGAACGGCCGAGGAGCGUCGCGCAGCAGCAACGACGAAUCCAAAGUCAAGAAGAACAGCAAGCAGGCAGCGAAGAAGCCCACCAAGGCCGAGUCUCAACUCGAGGCGGCUGUCGAGCAACAACUUGCGGACCAGGCUCAAGCUGCACAAGCGCAGCAAGUCGUACAGGACGCUCAAGCUCAGUCGCAAGUCGUGAACCCAGUGACUACGGACCCAGCGAUCCUAAUGCCAGCCGCUGGUCCCUACUUCCUCAACAACCCCAUCGAUACUGGCCCAAUCCCUGCUCUACCCAUGCCAAUGCACGAGCUUGGCAGCGUCCGCCCUUCGCUCCAACGCUCCAACUUCGUCAACUCCCUUGAGUACAUCGCGCCAUUGGCACCGAUGGUCGACCCAGACACGCUCCACUACAGCUACCCAUCUCCUGGACUCUCUAACGGCUUGAACAGCUUGGCGCUGGCGGCGAGCGAACACAGCCGAUUGACUGAGAAGGCGCAGUCAGCGCGCAGCCCAUCUUCCGAAACGUCGUCACAAGAGACGCUUUGA